CCGCAAGAUGGCGGCCCGUGAUGGGCAUGGUAACAGAUCGACAAUACUGCCAAUAAUCAAACCAAAGCGGCAUGAAGUCAAAAAGACAAGAAACGAGAUGAGAUAUAGAGCUUUUGCUAAGCCUUUGACGCUACCCAGCUUGGAUUUAGUGUACGCUGAUAUUGAAAAAGUAUGCACUUUAUUUUCCAAGAAGCAGCUUUGCAAAAAAGUUAGCGAGUGGUUUGCGAACUGGAGGCCUUGGCAGCAACGCAUUUUACUGUGCAGUUUAACUGAUAAAUGCUCGAAGAGUCAGCUUCAUGCUCUUGUGACUUCUUUAGAGCCUGUGUUUCACCGUGAUUUUGUCGCUCAGCUCAAAGGAACCUAUCCAACCAAACUUCUUCAAACAAAGUUUGUACAUACGAUGUCUAGCAUGGUGGAAGAUAGCGAAUUUCGYCGUUACCGUGGCUUAGAUCCUGUAGCAGCYAUGGCAGAAAAAGAUAUUGCAGAAAUGAAAAAUAUAGAAAAACUUGAAAAAUUACUGGAAGUAAACGAGGAWGAGUUUGAUUACGAAGCUUGCUAUCAUGACGUUACCGUCGAAGAAGGUGUGGAAUAUGAUCAUUAUUCUGACGAAAGCGAACUGCCUUUUGCUAACUUUGCUGUGACUCCAGCUACUGAAGUCGGGGUAAUCUCGACGAGACGACACGAGCACGCUCCACCAUUCUUAAGACGAGUUAGCACUCAUAAUUUCUUCCAUUGCGACGAUAAACGCUCAGCUAAACUAGGUGAUAUGAARAGUGUGCGACGUGCCGGCGAUAAAAACUGGCUGUACGGAGCUGAUCCUCUUACGUUUAAGUCUUCAAAGUGGUGGCAGGGGCACAAGGGACAAACAUUGCUUACUGCUAGGAGAACUAGACUUUCAAAGUACUUUAAAAUGCAGCUCAAUCAAAUCAAUGAGUGGCUGGAUGARUGGCUACCGCAUGAGAGAGUUGAUAUGCUGGCAGAGGUCGUCAAGUGUUGUAAUCCAGAUUGCUUGAACUUCUUUGCCUUGUGUCUUGGAAGAAGAAAUUUGCUGUAUAUGAUUAAAUGCAUGUACAUGCAUGUAUUAUUAAUCAAUAUUAUACAUUACAUUCAAGCCAACAGAAGUCAYGUAAGUAUUGUUUGGUUGCAGGGYCAUAUGGAUGGAGUGUAUUGUUUACAGUUUGACACCAGGCGAGUUAUGACMGGUUCACUAGACCGAACACUACGAAUCUGGGAUGUAAGAAGUGGAAAAAGUAUACAUAAAGUCAAAGGUCACAAGGGUGGGAUUCGGUGCCUUCAAUUUGAUGAUGCCAAGAUUGUAACAGGUUCCUGGGACAUGACUAUUAUGGUUAGUCUUUUGCUGUUCACAAAUAUGUUCCUUUUGUUGAGUUUUUUUUUUUUUUUUUUUGCUGUCAUAAACUUAGUAGAUCUAGUAAUGGUUGUUUUGUUUUUCAAGGUUUUUGGUAGAUUAGUUAUGAGUGGUUCUACGGAUGGUAUGAUAAUGUUCUGGGAUUAUGACACUGGAUUUUGUGAGGCAGGCAUACAAGCACACGAGGGAUCCGUGCACUCUAUCUCGACUUGUGGUGAUCACUUUGUGUCGUCGGGAGGCGAUAAUUUGAUCAAAGAAUGGGACAUGUGUACGUGUACUUGUUUGCGGACCUUACAGGGACAUAAAGGUCCCGUGCAGUGUGUUAGGGGGACCUACAAUCGUAUUUUAUCGUGCUCUACUGAUGGCACUGUUAGGAUUUGGGAUUUAGAUCAACGACGUUCACAGAACGAACCAAGAAAUAUAUCUCUUCAUGAGAAUACCAUAGAAGCAAAAGUUGUUCGAGCUGACAAAAAUACAACCCAGAAUGCAUGAUAAAUUAUGAAAAUUGUAUAACAAACAAACAUAUAUUUAAUCAAAUAUUUUAUUGCAAGUA